CGCGUGAAUGAAGCAUGCUUGUCAGCCUGUUUUCGAACAAAUUCAUCGUAAAAUAAAAUGAUGCGCACUUGAUCAUCACUAAUUAAUAAUUACAGUAACGUUUAAUCGCGAUGUUAUGACGUUUGGAAUGGAUUUUAUUAGCGCUCUCUUGACAUCGACUACCUGAUUAAUUCCUAGGGAACACUCGUCGGCUAAAUAGUUGGCGGGAAGACGUGCAUUUUUGAAUUUUUUUUCAAUGGCUGUGUUGUGUUGUGUUCAGUUUUUUUUUAAUUGAUGUUAAUCAUUGCGUUUUUUGUUGGAGUUGUAUUCAUUUGUUAUGUUAUAAAAUCACUAAUUAAGGAGCGUGAGGAAUUUAUUAAACGGAAUAUGGCGGACCAGGAUAAGGAGCAGGUUCGAUGCUCGUCGAGUGAAAGUGAUAAUUUUGAAAAGAUCGACUCGGAAGAGGCUAGAGGCGAUGGGGAAACGCACUUCCAAGUGGGCGAUGAGUCCCCAGAAGAUGAUGACGGUCCAGCCCACGAAGGGGGGGAUUUCUUUCCCAAUGCCCCACCACCUAACAUUCGGAGAAUGCUCACACCUGCUCAGCAAUUUGCGUUGGCUGAGAAGAGAAGCAAGUUGAGGCCAUCUAUGUCCCAAGGUACCGUGAUACACAGUCAACGCUUUCAAGAGAAAGAUUUCACGGUCGCCACUCCGGAGGAGUUCGUUCGCAAGUUUCAGGGCACAAAGGCUAUUAAUAAGGUGUUGAUCGCAAAUAACGGUAUAGGAGCUGUAAAAUGUAUGAGAUCUAUACGAAGAUGGUCCUACGAGAUGUUCAAGAACGAGCGGGCUGUGCGGUUUGUUGUUAUGGUGACACCAGAAGAUCUAAAAGCAAACGCGGAAUAUAUAAAAAUGGCUGACCACUAUGUACCCGUGCCGGGCGGUUCGAAUAAUAAUAAUUAUGCUAAUGUGGAGCUGAUUGUGGAUAUUGCUACGCGUACGCAAGUGCAGGCGGUCUGGGCAGGUUGGGGGCACGCGUCCGAGAACCCGAAACUGCCAGAACUAUUGCACAGGGCAGGCGUUGUGUUCAUAGGGCCCCCGGAGAAGGCCAUGUGGGCCCUGGGGGAUAAAAUAGCGUCGUCUAUUGUGGCCCAAACAGCUGAUAUACCGACUUUGCCAUGGAGUGGAAGCGAUCUAAAAGCAGAAUACAACAGCAAGAAAAUAAAGAUAUCAUCGGAACUAUUUUCAAGAGGUUGCGUAUCUUCUCCAGAGCAGGGAUUGCAAGCUGCUACAAAAAUUGGUUUUCCGGUCAUGAUUAAGGCAUCAGAAGGUGGCGGUGGUAAAGGUAUCCGUAAAGUGGAAAACCCAGACGAUUUCAACAACAUGUUCCGACAGGUACAAGCCGAAGUGCCCGGUUCACCUAUAUUCGUGAUGAAGCUCGCUAAAUCCGCAAGGCAUUUGGAAGUGCAACUUCUAGCUGAUCAAUAUGGCAACGCAAUAUCCCUAUUCGGCCGCGAUUGUUCAAUCCAACGUCGCCAUCAAAAGAUCAUAGAAGAAGCGCCCGCUGCUAUAGCGAAACCGGACGUUUUUAUUGAGAUGGAAAAGGCGGCCGUACGUCUAGCUAAAAUGGUCGGCUAUGUCAGUGCCGGCACGGUGGAGUAUCUCUACGACCCGGCCACUGGACAAUACUACUUCCUGGAAUUGAACCCGAGACUGCAGGUCGAACAUCCUUGCACGGAGAUGGUGGCUGAUGUUAAUCUGCCGGCUGCGCAGUUACAGAUUGCAAUGGGUCUGCCCCUAUACCACAUCAAAGACAUACGUUUGCUCUACGGGGAAUCCCCAUGGGGCAGUUCUCCAUUGGAUUUCGACGAACCGGCUCAAAGACCUUCCCCCUGGGGGCACGUUAUAGCCGCGAGAAUCACUUCGGAGAACCCGGAUGAAGGUUUCAAACCCUCCUCCGGCACGGUGCAAGAACUAAACUUCCGUUCGUCAAAGAACGUUUGGGGCUACUUCAGUGUGGCCGCGUCUGGUGGUCUACAUGAGUUCGCCGAUUCCCAGUUUGGGCACUGCUUCUCCUGGGGGGAGACCAGGGAACAGGCUAGAGAGAAUCUAGUGAUAGCUCUAAAAGAGCUCAGCAUUCGCGGUGAUUUCCGUACAACAGUGGAGUAUCUCAUCACAUUACUGGAGACACCGUCGUUCCAAGACAAUAAUAUAGAUACCUCGUGGUUGGACGCGCUGAUCGCUGAACGGGUACAAUCAGAGAAACCGGAUAUAAUGCUAGGCGUGUUGUGCGGUUCGAUUCUCAUCGCAGAUAGCAUUAUAACUACGCACUUCCAGGAGUUUAAGAGCGCUUUGGAAAAGGGACAGAUCCAAAGCUCGAGCCAACUUUCCAAUUCCGUCGAAGUUGAGUUAAUACACAGCGGACUCAAGUAUAAAGUGCAAGUGACCAGAUCUGGACCAACUAGUUACUUUAUAGCUAUGAACGGCAGCUUUAAAGAGCUGGACGUACAUAAAUUGGCUGAUGGAGGUACACUACUAUCCGUUGAAGGGGCAUCCUACACAACAUAUCUAAAGGACGAAGUGGACAAAUAUCGUAUAGUUAUCGGAAAUCAAACGGUCGUCUUCGAUAAGGAAAAGGACCCUUCUAAAUUAAGGGCUCCAUCGGCUGGGAAGUUAAUUAACUGCCUGGUGGAGGAUGGCGGCCACGUUGAUAAGGGACAGCCGUACGCUGAGAUUGAGGUGAUGAAAAUGGUGAUGACACUAGCCGCGCCUGAGGCGGGUGUUGUGACUUGGUGUAUGCGACCUGGUGCCGUUUUAGAUAUGGGAUCACUUAUGGGGACACUUGAACUAGACGACCCGUCGCUAGUCACAACGGCUCAACCGUACAAGGGCCAGUUUCCACUCGGUGAUAGUGCAUCGUCCGUGUCUGAUAAACUGAAUCAUGCGCACAAUAAAUAUAGAGCUAUAUUGGAGAAUACGCUGGCUGGUUACUGCCUCCCAGAUCCAUACAACACGCCUCGUCUUCGGGAAGUGGUUGAGAAAUUCAUGCAGAGUCUACGGGACCCUUCGUUGCCUUUAUUGGAAUUGCAGGAGGUAUUGUCAUCAACGUCAGGCAGAAUACCGCUCUCAGUCGAGAAGAAAGUGCGCAAAUUGAUGGCGCUUUACGAGAGAAAUAUUACCAGUGUGCUUGCGCAGUUCCCGAGCCAGCAAAUAGCUAGUGUUAUUGAUCACCAUGCAGCCUCUCUAUCGAAACGUGCUGACAGAGAUGUGUUCUUUAUGAGUACACAAGCUCUUGUUGUCUUAGUACAGCGAUAUAGAAAUGGUAUAAGAGGCAGAAUGAAGGCGGCCGUACACGAUUUGCUCAAACAAUACUUCCAAGUAGAGAGUAAUUUCCAACUAGGCUCGUACGACAAAUGCGUGAUGGCAUUACGCGACCGUUACAAGGAAGACAUGCAAUCUGUGGCCAAUAUUAUAUUCUCACAUAAUCAAGUGGCUAAGAAGAAUCUUUUGGUGACAAUGCUAAUAGACCACCUAUGGUCCAACGAGCCGGGUCUAACAGACGAACUGGCGGCCAUACUGAACGAGCUCACAUCGCUACAUCGAGCUGAGCACAGCCGCGUGGCGUUGCGGGCUAGGCAGGUGUUAAUAGCAGCUCACCAACCAGCCUACGAAUUACGUCACAAUCAAAUGGAGUCGAUAUUCCUGUCAGCAGUCGAUAUGUACGGGCACGACUUUCACCCGGAGAAUCUGCAGAAACUCAUCCUUUCUGAGACAUCCAUUUUCGAUAUAUUGCACGACUUCUUCUAUCACACUAAUGCGGCGGUAUGCAACGCAUCGCUGGAAGUGUACGUACGUCGUGCGUACACGUCGUACGACAUCACGUGCUUGCAGCAUUUGGCUUUGUCUGGUGAAUUGGGAGUCGUACAUUUCCAGUUUGUACUGCCCACUGGACAUCCUAAUAGGAUACCAAUCAGCCAAUCAGAGAUCGAGCUCGCAUCCGCGGCAGACGCGGAAGGAGUUCCCGCGGAACUAUCCACCGCCGCACAACGCAAGUGCCACCAUCGCACCGGUGCUUUAGCCGCGUUCGAUUCGUUCGAACACUUUGUUGAGUAUGCGGAUGAGCUGCUAGACCUGGUGCACGACUUCGCCAGCACGGCUAGUGUGAGGCGCGAGGACUUACAAGCGCUCCAAGAUGGCAGUGAAAGUCGAGACAGUACUAGUAUCAAUGUCGGCACUGAUUAUAAUAAAAUCGUCGAAGAUGAUGUGCCCCUCGAACCGAUACACAUAUUAAUGAUCGGUAUUCGAGACACGGGUGAAACGGACGACGGUGCGGUUUCCCGCCGUUUUGGCCAUUUCUGUAGAGUUCAUGCGCGUGAAUUGCAUCAGAAGAGGAUACGCAGGAUCACCUUCAUGUUGCUUAUCAAACGUCAAUUCCCGAAAUUCUUCACGUACCGCGCGCGGAACGAGUUCAAAGAGGACACGAUAUACCGUCACCUGGAACCGGCCUCCGCGUUCCAGCUGGAGCUGUACCGCAUGAGGAGCUACGAGCUGGAGGCGCUGCCCACCAGCAACCAGAAGAUGCAUUUGUACUUGGGCAAGGCCAAGGUAAAGAAAGGCCAGGAAGUGACCGACUAUCGAUUCUUCAUACGUUCCAUCAUCAGGCACCAAGAUCUGAUCACGAAGGAAGCAAGUUUUGAAUAUCUGCAGAAUGAGGGAGAGAGAGUGCUCUUGGAGGCAAUGGACGAGCUUGAAGUGGCUUUCUCACACCAUUUGGCGAAACGAACGGACUGUAACCACAUUUUCUUAAAUUUCGGACCAACUAUACUUAUUGAUCCGGCUAAGAUUGAAGAAUCCGUCCUCGGCAUGGUGAUGAGGUACGGUCCAAGGUUGUGGAAACUUAGAGUUUUACAAGCCGAAAUUAGAUUCACUUUGAGAGUUGGUCCUGGACUACCAACGAAGAAUAUUCGACUCUGCCUGGCCAACGGUUCCGGGUAUACACUGGACAUAUCUACAUAUGAGGAGGUUUCCGAUCCUAAGACUGGUGUGAUAAUAUUCCAAUCAUACGGUCCGAAACAGGGACCAAUGCACGGAUUGCCGAUAUCAACUCCAUAUGUAACUAAGGAUUACUUGCAGCAAAAGAGGUUUUUGGCAACAUCGCAAGGCACAACAUACGUGUACGACAUUCCAGACAUGUUCCGACAGGCGGUUGAAAAGCAAUGGAAGGAAUAUAUCGAAGAGGGCAUGGUUGAUGGACCACAACCAGACAACGUUAUGAGUCUAGUCGAGCUAGUUUUGGAUAAUGAUGGCGAGAGACGACUGGUGGAGGUCACUAGGUUACCGGGACAGAAUACUGUGGGCAUGGUAGCAUGGCGGUUAACCCUUUUCACGCCGGAAUACCCGGAUGGUCGAGAUAUUAUCCUCAUAGCCAACGACCUUACACAUUACAUGGGGUCGUUUGGACCCCUGGAAGACUGGGUUUACUUUAGGGCGUCUGAAUAUGCUAGGGAGUUGAAGAUACCUAGGAUAUACGUGAGCGUUAACUCCGGGGCCCGUAUCGGAGUCGCCGAAGAAGUAAAGGCCGAGUUCAAAGUAGCGUGGGUCGACGCUGAGAGGCCCGAGCGGGGCUUCCGGUACUUGUACCUGAGCCCCGAAGCGUUUUCCCGCUUGGGGCCCCAGGGCUCCGUGAAAACGCAGCUUAUGGAUGACGAAGGGGAGGCGCGGUAUAUGAUCACGGAUAUUAUUGGUAAAGAAGACGGUCUGGGCGUGGAAUGUCUCCGAGACGCGGGUCUCAUAGCGGGCGAAACUGCGCAGGCGUACGAGGAUAUAGUCACUAUGUCCGUGGUCACUUGUAGGGCUAUCGGCAUCGGGUCCUAUGUUGUUAGGCUUGGUCACCGCGUGAUCCAAGUGGAGUCCUCCUACAUUAUUCUCACGGGAUAUAUGGCACUAAACAAAGUGCUCGGUAAACCGGUGUACGCUAGUAAUAACCAACUGGGUGGUGUUCAAAUAAUGCACAACAAUGGUGUCUCUCAUGCUGUGGCUCCUACCGACUUGGAGGCUAUAAGGAGGACUGUUAAAUGGCUCUCUUAUAUACCUAAGGACAAACUCAGCAUGGUACCAAUAAUACGUCCAGCAGACCCAAUAGACCGUCCAGUAGAAUGGUAUCCUCCACGUACGGCGUACGACCCCCGUCUGUUGCUGACCGGCGAGCCGGGAAAGCCGGGAUUCUUCGAUGUGGGCUCGUUCGAUGAGCUGAUGAAGCCCUGGGCACAGACUGUGGUCACUGGUCGUGCCCGUCUCGGCGGUAUACCGGUGGGAGUGAUAGCAGUAGAGACACGCACAGUGGAAUUCACUUUACCCGCAGAUCCGGCUAAUUUGGACUCGGAAUCGAAAACUUUGCAACAGGCUGGACAGGUUUGGUUCCCGGACUCAGCGUACAAAACGUCGCAAGCAAUAAACGACUUCUCCCGGGAAAAUCUGCCCAUCUUCAUAUUCGCCAAUUGGCGAGGUUUCAGCGGUGGUCAGAAAGAUAUGUACGAGCAAAUACUCAAGUUCGGCGCGGAAAUAGUUCGCGCUCUACGCAAUGCGACCGCCCCGGUCAUAGUGUACAUACCCCCGGGGGCAGAACUGCGCGGUGGGGCAUGGGCCGUGGUCGAUCCCAGCGUGAACAGCGCUAAAAUGGAGAUGUACGCUGAUACUGAGGCCAAGGGUGGUGUGCUAGAACCGGAGGGUAUAGUCGAGGUGAAAUUCAAACAGAGGGACAUAUUGAAAACUAUGCACCGUUUGGAUCCAGAAUUAUUAAGAUUGGACGCAAGGAUAGCUGAAAUUAAGGAGCAAAUAAAAGAGUUAUCAAAGAAUUUAGAUAGAAGAGGGUCUAUAGAUGAUGUUCUUAUAAGGACAGACGCGGGUGGACAGGCUGAAACUAAAAUAAGGGAAUUGGAUAGUGAUUUACAAGCGGCCGAGAAGAAGGUUAAGGCUAGGGAAAAGGAAUUGGCUCCUGUUUACCACCAGAUCGCGGUGCAGUUCGCGUCGCUGCACGACACAGCCGAGCGCAUGCUCGAGAAGGGCUGCAUCGCGGACGUGGUGCCGUGGCGCGGGGCCCGCUGCGCGCUGCACUGGCGCCUGCGCAGGCGGCUGCUGCAGGCCGCGCAGGAGCGCCGGUUGGAGGCCGCUGGCCAGGGCGCCGCGGCCGCCACGCUGAGGCGCUGGUUCGGGGAGGACCGCGGGGAAGCGCACGCGCACCGCUGGGAGCACGACAACGAGGCAGUGUGCGGAUGGCUCGAGCGGCAGGUUGCGGAUGGGGACUCGGUGUUGGAGCGCAACCUGCGCUGUGUGCGGCGAGAUGCCGCGUUACGAGCUGUGGCCGCGUUACUGCGCGAGCUGGCCCCGCCCGCACGCACAGAGCUGCUGCGGGAGCUGGCCCAGCUUGAUCCGCUAAACCUGCCCGAGUAGACCGCACAAUAUAUACUAUUUAUGUUA